AUGUGGUUGGAAACGAGCGGGUAUCUACGUCGGUAUCGAUCCUACGGCACCUUCAAUGCACGUUGGGCACAUGCUGCCUUUCAUGGUACUGGCCUGGGGUUAUGUCUGGGGGUUACCGGUGACAUUCUUGGUCAGUCUCAAUAUACCCACCGUCCCGAAAGGUACAAUGGCUCAUAUUCAACAAAGCUCGGUGGUGCCACCUCUCGAGUAGGCGACCCAACAGGGCGACUGAAGGGUCGCGAACAGGUUCAUUCUUCCAUCCGUAAGGCGAACAUGGCGAGCAUGCACAUGCAGUUGAAGAAGCUGGGCAGCAGUAUCGAGCAGUAUGGCCGGCGACACGGCUACACGAGGCAACCUAUUUGGAAGCGAGCCUUGCUCAACAACAACACGUGGUGGAACUCGAUGCCGUUCAUUGAGGUUCUCAGGGAUCUGGGAUCUUACAUGAGACUCGGUCCUAUGCUCGGACGCGACACGUAG